UAAGUGAAUUAGCUGCAGUCGGAUGGUUGUGAUUGUCGUCAAGUUCAAAGAACUGUAAUUGGAUCGAAAAGGAUCGAUUGUACUCAAGUUAAUCUGAAGAGAAAGACUUUCACCGGCACCAAGAUACAACUCCCUUCUUCUGAAAUGAAUGUAUCUUAGUAUAUAAGAAUUUAUCCAGUGAAAUAACAAAUUCAAUUGGUUCAUAAUUUGGUGGUUGUUGAAAUGUUUUGUGAUACCUGUAAAUCAGCCGUCGUGCUUGUGGCUGUUUUUUUCACCAUUGCUGAAGGAAGACCUGGAUUUUAUGACUCUCAUGGACUAUCUCCUGGAAGUUACAGUGGGGGAGGAGGUAAUGGUUACGAAGGAUUAAGUCAGAGUGGUGGGUUAGGAAACUACGGCAAUGACAAUGGUUUGGAAUCGCAUGAAGGUGGCAGCUCAGAUGGUGGGGAUUAUCACCAUGGAGUAAGCGUUGUUGCUUUAGGAAACCAAAAAGGACCCACAUUUGAUUUAACUAAACACGGCGCAGCUGAAGGUCACAGAGGCCUCUAUGGUGGCAGUUUCGUUGCUGGUAAAUAUGAAGGCAGCAGUAACGAAGGUCAUCAAGGCGGCUAUGGAGGUCCAGGAAGUCAUUAUACAGCAAUCGCAGGAUACGGAGAUAGCGAUGAACAUACUGCUCUUUUAGCUGCAAGUCUAUCAAGUGGUCAUAGUGGAUUUGAAGGAAGUUAUGCCCACUAAUUUUGAAUUGUAUCAUUUUUGUUUGUACAUAGAUUGUUGAAUAAAUUUUUUGUUGACUAA